AUGCAUGUGAAAACUGAAGCGGUGGAUGAAAAUUCAUCUGCGCUGGUUUUGGGCAGCCAGGAGCCGCCUGCAUGCAGAGGAGGAGGAGGGGGAGGAGGAGGAGGAGGAGGAGGGGAUCAGACUGCAGGGGAGCUGCCUGACACACAGCUGCAAGCAGCCACGACAACUACUCCUGUGCUGCUGUAUCCUGUGAGUACCGACCGGUUCUUCACCACAUCAGGGGACGGAAAAACUUACCUGAAGAUAGCUCCAGCUUCAGUGAUGCCCCCUGCUCCUUCAGAGAAGACGCUUCCCGCCGGCUCAGAUUUCUCCUCCAAAGCCGUUUUGUGUCUGAUCGAGGCCGUCGGGCGCCGCUGGGGCCUGUACGAGACCCGGGAACGCUCGCAGCUCUUUCAGAGCGUCCAGGAGGAGAUGGCCUCAAAGGGCCACGUGCUUCCUGUCGAAAAGAUCCGCCGCAAAUGGAAUAACCUCAUUGUCACUUACAAGAGGGUUAAAGACCGCAGCCGGGAGACGGGACACGCGAAAACCUCCUGGGAGUUCUUUGAUCUGAUGGAUGCCACGCUGUGCGACACCGUCGGCACUCAGAUCAUCAACAACAAAAGAAACAAAGGUGGCAGCACCGUUUCCGCGCUGCCUUGUCCUUUGGCUAAAAUUGCAGCGAAACCACAGCUUCCGCAGCCCCCCACCAUCAUCCGCCCCAACGGUGACUUUACUGUGACUGGUGGUUUGGAGUCGGUAGGUCAGGGAGCCGCCACCAGUCAAAUCAUCAGUAGCACUCCUACCAUGACCUCAGUGACUACAGCGACCGUUAGCCCAACAAAUACCCCAGAGGUCAAGCCCCUGAUCGUCCUCAACGGUGACAUUGUUACCACCGGUAUUCAUCCAGCCACCAUUGUGCCAUCUCCGUCUUUUAUCUCGUCACCUUGUUUUACAGAAACAGCCUCCACGUCUCCUUCCCUCGGCGCCACCAGUAACACAGACCUCAACACAUCACGCUACGGAAGCCGCAAAGCUCCUUCCUUCUCAUCAGGUGUCAUCCCUUUUCGUCUUAGUGCGGCGCCAGUUAGCAACAGUCAGAAAAUCCUCGGCCUCUCCUCCUCUUUCUCCCCGACGUCCUCCUGUCUCACUUCUUCCGCUGCCACCUCGUUAUCAGCAAAGACAAUUUCAGGAACCGAAGGCCCGAACCAGAAAGGAAGCGAGGAGCAGAGCAGCGCUGUUUUGCUCCAGGAGAUUCUGAAGCGACAGGAGGAGCAGGCCUACCUGGAUCGAGUCGCUCGCCGCAGGGUGGAAGCCAGAGAGAAGAGGCGCGAGAGGAGGGAGGUGCGGAUGGCAGAGUCCCUCGGCAGGAUAGCCACAGCCCUGGAGCUGCUCUCCUCCAAACAGGACACAGUCAUUGCCCUCCUGCAGAGACUGGCUGAUCGGAAGUGAUGUCAGGUGAAAGGCUGGAAGACAGCGGCUCUUUAACCUUUUUCCCAUCCUGAGAUCAUGAUUAUGAAAAUGGUCUGAUACUCAAACAAUCAUAAUGGAAAUACAAUCAUACGAACUGCUCACUUUUCUGAGUGAAGGAUAAGUGAAAUGGUGUGUUAUUGUCAACACGCUUUACAUUUAAGUGCAUUAGAGUUGCUGCACUCACAUCCAAUAAAAACAUUCUCCUCAAAUGCUCAGUUAAUAUGAUUUUGUCUGGGUGAGCUACACUGGAAAGAUUUUUAUUGUUAGAAACAAAGUAA